AUGAAGCCAACCAACUUUUACGACACUGACUAUUAUCAGCCCAAAGUGCAGCUACGCUCUGAACCGUGUGCGGAUAGCCUUAAAUUAAAUAGUUGGUUCAAUGAUCAGGUGACACGCAAUGCCAAAUUAACGCGUCUAAAUCAACGUCUCAAGCAACUGCUAACAGCUUUGCACAGCAAUGAGAGUCUAGAAAGAGAGCAGUGCUGCUUCUACGAGCAGCACAUAAUGCAACGCGUCUUUGUUCAAAUCAAUGCACUGGGCAAAGGAAAAACGGAAAACUUUGUUAUGCCGCUGCUGCAAACUACUGGGGAAAUGGGCAAGGAUCUGGUUAACAUAAUGAAGCGCAUGAAGCUAAUGUCGCAAACAGCUACCAAAGAUUGCUGUGAGAAUACGUCGCAGGAUUUGCUGAAACUGCAAGAGCAGCUCAAGCAGCAACUAGAAGAAUUUGAACAAUCUAUAAACGCGCAAAUAAAAGAUUUUCCCAAAUGUUGCCGCGAUAUGCAAGAGCGACUGCAGCAAUAUAAUGUGGAGCUAAAGAGCGUCAAAACACAAACGGCAAACAAAGAGAGCGAGCUGGAGCUGAAGCUCAAAGAGCUGCAAGUAAAGCAAAUAGCGCAGGCGGACAGCAUAAAAGACAUAAAAGAGAAGCUAGCAGAGCGUGCGCAGAGCAUGCAAACAGUGUUGCAAAACUGCGAAAAGAACUGCGGCAGUCAAAUGCAAACAGAUGCAGUGCUGGAUGCACAAGUGGCGCCCAAUGCACAACAGUGUCAAAAGUUUGAGCAGCAGCAAACUGAGCUGCAACUCAAGCUGCAGACGCUAGAAGCGAAGCUUAAAGAGCUGCAAAAGCCGCAGUCGCGCACUGAAAUCAAAGUGCUGCGCAGCGACAUAGACAAGCUACAAAGUAAUAUGCAACAGCUGCAACAGGAAACUGCCACAGCCAAAGACUGUUGCAAGCACAUUGAUAAAAUGGAGAAGAACAUGCUGGAAAUGAAUCUCCAAAUGCAAAACAUGAACAACAGCUACAAUAGUCAUAUGCAACUUGUCAACGCUGAUGUGGACAGCUUGAAGCAACGUCUCAACACAGCGCUGGAGAAGCUCAACGAGCUGCACGCCAAGGCAGCUAAUGUAGCUGAUAGUGCCGAGUAUAUAGAACUCAAACGGCGCGUCGAUAACUUGGACACUAAGCUCAAAGAUGCGCUUGCUGAUCUGGAUAUAGCUAAGCUUGAGCUGAAGCAAGUUAGCAAAAAGCUGGAGGAUACGCAAGCCAAUGCCAACGCACAGCUACAAAAGCUGACAGCUACAACUGACGCACAGCACUUGGCAGCAAAGGAAUUUAAAGCCGAAGCACGUCGUAGAUUUGAAGAGCUGCAGGCGCUUUUAAAAAACCAAGUGCAAAAUAAUAAUGCGGCAGUUAAACUCAAUGAAUUGCAUGAUUUGCUUAAAGAGAUUAUCAAGGAUGAUCCGCCAGUGAAGAAAAUAAAAUUACGCGUAGAUAAUCUCACCGAAGCUUUGGUCAAUGCUACAUCGAAUCUACUUGAGGAUCAAAAAGUCGUCGCGGACUGUUUAGCACUGUGCAAUGGAUUGGAUGGCGUAGAUGAUUUAAAAAGGCGCGUGCAUAAACUAGAGGUAGUAAUCAAAAAGUGCCCAAUAAAUCCAACUCCAACAAAAGCACCCACUACUGGUGUGGGUGUCACUACACGCCAAGAACAUGGAAAAAGUGUGGAUUCUCUCAUUGGUGAUCGCGACGUGCUCAACCAUAACAAAUAAACUAA